AGGCCAAUCGGGAUCUAACGGACUGGAGCGGCAACAAACCGUUGGAUUACAGCAAACAAAGCACCAGCGUCUCACCGUCCACCUUCAGCAAAAUCAAGGCAAAGAAAAAAACUACAGCGGAAAAAGAUUCCGGAUUCCUUCGGAUUGGUUCUUUGAAUGUCCGAGUGAAGAAGACAACCGAAGCAUUCAGCAACUUCUUGGGAGUGGGAAAUGGGCACACGCUCUCCCAAGCGGGAGCAGCAAGUCGCCAUCACCAGCGGUCUCACCAACACCGUCUGCAAAGUCAUCGUCAUCAUCCUGCCGCUGGUAUGACACGGAAUCCGAUGACGAUGAAGACCAAACCCUCAGGCACUGAUACGAUUAGCAGCAAAUCUAGUAAUAAAAGUAAUAACAAAAAGCAUAAUAUAAGCUCACGGGCCAGCGUUCCGGUCAACAUGAAUAGUUUGCAGAGGAAAUUUGAGAAAUUACAUAAAUCAUGGGGUUCGGCUGAUAAUAUACAACAUCAUGUUGAAGAUGACCAAGAUGACAAAGAAAUGAUGCCACCUCCAAAAACCAUCGAUACGCUUGUAAAAAAGAGACAAAAAUCCAUGACAACACCGGCAAUGCGCUCAUCGGUGCCAUCGUCGCUUGUAACAGAUUCACCACGUGAUUCCAUUUCAUCAUCGAAUUCGAGUACGAAUCUAAUAGCUGGCUACAGCAGUAUGCCAACAACACCAAAUCAAAAACGUGCGCCUCUUGGUCGCGUUCCGUCAGAUGCGCUAGUUGAUUCGGACUCGGAUUGUGCUUAUGGUUUCGAUUCGAGUUGGUCGAUGAAUGGUCGGACUUCGGCGAGCAGUGGAAGUUUGCAAGUUCCACAAUAUUGAAAUCUAUGUAAAUAUGUAUGUAUGUACAUAGGUGAUAUUGGAGAUAAGCGGAACUAUAAAGCCUAUUAAUACUUAUGCUCUGUGUAUAUGUGUAAUAUGAUUAAAUUAUAUGCUUGUAUACUACUUAAAUGUAUUGCUAUCUAAAGCCAUGAAAAAUACAAAAUCUAUAUAACUUAAAUAAAUAUUUUUAUAAAGUUUUUAAA